CUUUCUGACAACCUCAGCAGCUUCAACACCACUUGAUAUCAACAUGGUGGAAUCACAAAUGGAUAGGUCCAAGCCCGCUGAAGAGUACAGCUGGUACGAGCGCGACCUGGCGCAGGUCCAGGAGCCGGCCCGGACUCUCUUGGCGGAGUACAGCAAGAUCCCGGAAGAGAAGAUCAUCGACCAUGUGAAGGAGGUGGUGCGUGAUCGCGCAUUCGCCGUCUUCCCCUACCCCUGCAUCGGAUCCUUCCGCUUUCUCGACAUCACCAUCUGCAACAACCCGGCCUACCCGGAGAUCCUCUCGCGGCUGAAGUCCUCGAACGCGACCUACCUGGAUCUGGGCUGCGCCAUGGGCCAGGACAUCCGCUACCUGGUCCACCAAGGCGCCCCCGCCGAAUCCCUCUAUGGAAGCGACCUCCAGCCCGAGUUUAUCUCGCUAGGCUACGACCUCUUCGGCGACCGCUCCACUCUGCCCUGCGAGUUCAUCCCCAGCGACAUCUUCGACGACGCCUGCCCGCUUAUGCAGCGUCUCGCAGGCCAGGUUGACAUCAUCAACGCGGCCUCGUUCUUCCAUCUCUUCGACUGGGACAGAGAGGUUGCGUUGGCCAAGCAGAUCAUCAAGCUCCUGCGGCCGCAGGCGGGGUCGAUGGUCGUUGGACGGCACGUGGGUGACUAUGUGGCCGGAGAGCGGUCGGACAACGAAUUGGGGGCUACCUUCUACCGGCAUGAUCUGGAGUCGUGGAGACGGAUGUGGGCGCAGGUGAUGGCGGAGACGGGGACGGAGUGGGAGGUCGACGUCAGAGCGGAGGAGUGGGCGGAGGUGAAGAAGAAUAAGCAUAAUCGGGAGUCGUCAUUCAAGAUGCAGUUUGUGGUGAGGAGGAUUUAGAUCAGUUUAUUCCAGUGACGGAGUGAUUUCGUUUUGGGGUGAUUGUAGAUGCGGGUGCAGUGGGACGGCCACACGGGGGACGAGGUUUGACCUGGGAGGACAAGUAGCACAUCACGGUAGGAUUGAAAUAGACCGGAGAGUUUGAUCAUAGUUGUUUGAUUGCAGCACCUGCGGUGCACUGCACAAGAAGAAAAACCUCCAGAUCCUGUCUGUCUUAUCUUAUCACCCCAAGGGUGUGUGUCCCCAAGGUCCCUGUAACUUUUCG